AUGGAGGGGGAGGACGCCGCCCGGCGCCGGACCGUCUCCAGCGAGUACCGGAAGAAGCUCCUCCAAUACAAAGAGCUGGAGUCGAGAGUACGAACAGGUCAGCUGGAUGAUGGAAAUUUAGAUAGUGUGGAAGGCGUGGGGAUAGUGAAAUUUUUAUUUUUUCUUUCACAUUACUCAUGCUGAUUCAUGUAGACGAGGGUGCAAGUGUUGAUCUUUUUGUGCGGGUUUGCUACAAUAUGGUACUGAUCCGCUCGGCUGCCUGCUUGAACUGUCCUGUUUCCCAAUCGACAGCGUUCGGUUAUCCAUGGGUUUUUUUAUUAGGAUUUCGGAGAGGGUGCAAGCGGUGGCAUUGGCUGGGUUUUUUUUUAAUUCACAGGUAUACGACCAGUCAAAAUUCUCAAGGACUAGCGAAAAGGGGUUUUCAGGGGAUUGGCUGUGCUUUCUGUGGUUUGCACCGUUAAUGUAGCAUAUAUGCGGAUUAAUUGCUUUUAGAUUAUGGACAGUUUGUGUGGGUUACUCGAGGGCAUUUUACAGGAUUUUUAUGGAUGGAGAAAUCAUUGUGCUUUUAUCUAAUACUCACUGGGGACCUGAAAAAAGCAAAUAGACUGAGGAUUCACACCUUUCUCCGUAACUUAUUGUUUUGAAAAUGUAUGUUUUUUGCACUGUGCUAAUCGUCAUUGUGUUAUUAUGAUGAUGAAAGGACACCAUAUACAGAAUAUGAGCGAUGUAUUGAAAUAUAUGAAUUUCUACUAGUUGCUAGGGAACUGUAUCUCAUUAUUGUCGCUUUCAACUACCAGUUCCCAACUAAUUCAGGUUCCGCUAGGGUUCUGUCCACCCAUUCCAUUCAGGGAAUUGGAAAAAUUACGUAUGGGAUCCAAUCAGUUCAAUGAUGAUAGCAGCUAACUAACCAGAUGUCUUAAUCAAUGCCUACGUUUCUUUACUAGAUUUGGAUGAUAUUAUGAAUCUUGGAAAUUUGAAGUUAUGGGGGGAAAUUCUUUGGAUCCAAUAUGCUAUAGUAGGAAGAUUGGUUUCAAGGAUAUCGUCUAUUUUUCUCUGCAAUCUCGAAGCUUCAUAUGGAACGUCAAUAGAAGGUGCAGUAUUUAGAGGAGUAUUUAAUACGGCUCUCUAGUAAUAAGAAUAAGUUCAACUGUUGAAAUGGAUGGACUGAGUCGGAGCUGCUGUAUAGGCAUCCUGAGCUGAGUCGGGGCAGGAUCAAAAUUUAAGUUGACCAUGCUCUAGAAUGUGCCCAGCAAGUUAGUGUUCUUGUGCCUUCUUACACUUUAGGUUUGAUAUAUGUGAGGGAACUACCCAUCUAUCCCUCAGCUAGGCUGGUCUUUGCGUGGGGCCUAGAGCAGGACCUUGAUUUGACUUCCUAUGGACAGAACUGCCGUAGUUCCAUUGGAGGAGGUGUCAGCCACAACUUAAAACAGUCGUUGAAUUGAUCAAAACCAUAGCUAGCCCUCUCUUUUUGUUUCCAUGCGUGUUACCAUCAGGUGGUCAUUCAUUUUUCGUAGGGUCUCCUUCAUGUUGUUGUUUGGAUGAUCUUCAUCUUUAGCUGGUUUUUUGAACACCAACCACACUACGUCUUGCUUUUCAAUGACAGAUCAAAGUCAUCAUCUUCUAAACUCUAUAUAAUACCAUAAUAUUUUAAAUCCAUCUUAUGAGAUUUAAGGUUGAGAACAGAGAGACGGACCGGAACUAAAUAAGUGCCAUUAAGUAACAGUUGUGACGUAGACAGUGAUGGCUCAUCUAGCGUCAUAAAAUGUCCAGCCUUCUCCUUCUGUUCUAUAUUUGCGUCUUUUCACGCAGGCACAUACACACAAACAGAUUGAUCCCUGCCUGCAUUAGUGUGUGAUGUGCGUUGUUCAGUGACUAAUAGCCUUGGGGAUAGGCAUGGAUGAUCUGGAGAGCAGAGAAAGAAAAAAAACACAAGCAUGUAUUAUUUUCUUAUGUGGCUUUACUUAAACGUGCAAUAAAAGGAAUGUAACGGCCUUCUUAGAUGCUUUCUCAUUUCGUGAAGUAUUUGUGAGAUAAGAUCAGCAUCUAAAUUUUGUAGCACAGACGUGAUACCAAGUGUUUUAUUGAUCAGUAAAAUGUCAUGCCCAUUGGUUAAGAAGAAUGCUAGAAUCUGAAGUUUGACGUUGAUAAGAUAAGUUUAAUGUAAUGUAAUGUACCAUUUUUCUUUGUUGGUUUUGGAUAUUAUUAUUUAUUUGCACUCAUAUUUCUUUACCACACGGUAAAAUGGCAAAAGGUUCUUGCUGCAACGAUUUAUCCCCUUUUUAAUGGUCUCAUUUGACAUUCAUUACCUUCUGGAUCAUGCCGGUGUUUUUUAAAAAUAAAAUUUAUGUUUAUCAGGCUAGAUUGAUCUACUGGAUCUGCAGUGAUUGUUUCAUCUUCGGCUGACCCAUUGAAACUGGAAAUUGCAGUGAGGGAAAACCUACGUGCUUCAAAGAAGGAAUUUGCUAAGACAGAAGAUGAUUUGAAAUCUCUGCAAAGUGUAGGGCAGAUCAUUGGUGAAGUCCUACGUCCACUUGACAAUGAACGUUGUAAGAACAUUGCUCGUGUUCCUUUCAUAGUCAUAUUUGUCCAUUUACAAGGGAUACAUGCGUAGUAUGUUGGAAAUUCUUUCUGUGGGCCUGUGAUGACAGAUUUCUGCCCAUCCGUUUGAUGCUUCUUAAAUUUCAAUAUUUGUGAUGAGUUUUUUUGCUUAAUAUGAUUACGAAGCAUAAUAUGCAUUGUCCUUAGGCAUGUACAGUUCUGCUCCACUUUUAUUUGAUUUCAAAGCCUGAUAUUCUUAAUGGCUUUACAUCUGAGCCCAAAGUCGGGUAAUGAUUGUAUAUCUCCAACUGGUUAUACAUUUGCUCCUUUGUAGUUUCAAUGUCCAAAAUAUUUCACUCAUCAUAUUUAUCAUUUUUAUUGAUUCUCUCCGUUUUUACAAUGUACAUGUAUUGGUAAUUAUGCUGAACAGUAUCAUUCAUUUUUAGUGUAGAUACUCAACGAUAAAAAUUUUAGAAAUAAUACCUCAGGCGACAAGUUAUCUGUUUCAAUAUCAUGACGAUGGAUAAGUAACAGAGCGUUUGGUGUCUUUCAUUCACUUGUGAUAUUGAGCCGCUGGUAUGUUGUUGAUUGUUUUGCUAGUUUGUGGCAGAUGGUCGUACGUUUGGGAAGGCUUAUGAUAGCUAUUCGGCUAGUCUGCUUAGUCGAGAGGGAAUUGCCCUAGUUGGACACGUGCUCGGUCUCCCAGAUGAUGAAGUGUCUCACUUCUGCUAGAUUCUUUUCGAUGCUCAAUGUAAAGUAGCAGGAAUUUUUAAUGUUCUGGGAGACGAUAGUAGGGUGAUCCAUAAUCAUAGCCAUUAUUUAUUUGUCUCUUAAAUGAUAGGUAACAACUUAGUGAGUUCGGCUCUCACAGGUUCUCAUAUUCAGUAUCUUCAUGAAAACAUUAUAUUAGCAUUGGCGGGGUCAGAAAUUAGUUAUGCUGAAGUAAUAGAGAAGCGACUGAUCUAAAAUUCCAAAUCUAAGGGCAUGGGCAAAGCGAGGAAGAAAGGUAAUAGGAAAAUCAAGGUCACCUGAUGAUCCCUCCUGAAUUUCAUCAUAGCCAUGGCUUGACCGGUCUAAUCGAGAUGGGAUUGACAGAGUUAGCUUAUUCUCAGGAAAGACUGCUUUGGGUAAAAAGUUCGUCUUUCAACUAUAAUAUGUACGUAGAUAAAUGUCAUUCGUUGUUUUAUACGGAUAUUUUUUUUGGAAGGAAACUAGUGGAGUUGGCUGAUCAAGAUGGAGUGCAAUGAUUGCACAAUAUCAAUUUAAGGUGAGAUAACUAGAAUACAAUAUUGAGGAACAUUCGAUACAUCUUAUUUGCCAAACUUACUCGCAGCCGCACCCUGGUGUGCCCCUCUCCAUGUUGGCUCCAAUAACUCCUACCUGGGGAGGUGGGUGGGUGUCUAUCUAGAGUUCAGCAGUCGCAUAAGAGUUUUAUCCUUCAAAUUAACUGCGGUUUAAAUGGAUUGAUGAUGCGUCUUCCUGUACCCCAUGGAAGUGGAUUUGCCUGCCUGUUGGAAUUCUGUCCUGUACAUUUGAAUUGGCCUGUUCUGAUAAAGUUUCCACACCAUGCGAUUAGGUUACAAUUUUUUAUCUAUGAAUGCUUAAUGUCUCAUGAUCCAAAGUAUCACAAAAAUAUGGCGUCCAUAUGUGAAACGGAAUGACUGAUUCUUUAUGUAGUACAGAUUUUUCCUCUUGAACUAUAUGCUAGUUUUUGUCCAGAUUUUGGAUAUCCUUUUAGAGGUGUUGGAUGGUUGAAUACUAAUCACAGACAUGUAGUUGAACAAUAGAAACACUACACCUUCAUAUAUUUUAUAUAACAUGGUCUUCGGUCUUCUGCAUGGUUUUACCUUGGCUUAUAUUUUUUCUUCUUUAAACGUCAUUUUUUCACGGGGGUUUACCCACCUGAUCAAUCAUUUGAUUUCCAGUGAUAGUUAAGGCAAGUAGUGGCCCAAGGUAUGUUGUUGGCUGCCGCAGUAAGGUUGAUAAAGAGAAGCUAACAGCUGGAACUCGAGUGGUACUUGACAUGACGACUCUCACAAUAAUGCGUGCCCUUCCACGAGAGGUACUGGUUGUCCAUCGACAUUUAAUUCUUUGUUGGAGAGAGCUGACAUUUUAACUUGUCGUUAGGAUAAAUAAAUAUUUACAGAUUUCCAAUCUCUGGGCAUAUGCUAUCUGUAUUGGACCGCUUCUAUUUUCUUGCAUAAAGAAUCAAACAGAUAGAUCACUGAUCUCUAUGAUUUUCUCUGAAUAUCUGUUGGUGACUAUUGUGAUUAAUCUUCUUAUUUUAGUCUAGUUCAUCAAACUAGAGAUUAGACGUUGUGCAUCAAUCUUCUUAUUUAUUUUUUCCAGGUUGAUCCUGUAGUGUACAAUAUGCUUCAUGAAGACCCAGGUAAUGUCAGUUACUCUGCGGUGGGUGGUUUAUCCGAUCAGAUACGAGAACUCAGAGAGGCCAUCGAACUGCCACUGAUGAAUCCUGAACUCUUUGUCAGAGUAGGAAUCAAACCCCCAAAGGUAUCCAUAGCACUUUCCUUCUUUGAAUCCUCAGCAAAUCCAGAUCUAUUCUUGUUAUUUUAAGCAGGGUCUGACUCGACCUCAUUGACUUGUAAAGUUUGAUUAUCAUCUACCCUUUUUAUCGUAAUGCUUUCAGGGUGUACUUCUUUACGGUCCCCCUGGAACCGGAAAAACACUGCUAGCACGAGCUAUAGCUAGCAACAUAGACGCUAAUUUUCUCAAGGUGAUCGUUUACUAAUGAAUAGUUGAAUUUAUUUCAUUUCCUUCAUCAUCAUCUGCAUUUUCUCACUUGCUAUUCUCAUUUAGGUUGUUUCAAGCGCUAUAAUAGACAAGUACAUUGGAGAAAGUGCCCGCCUAAUUAGGGAGAUGUUUGGCUACGCUCGUGAUCAUCAGGUUUGACUUUGGGCUCUCGUUAUCUUAUCCUAUUAUCCUUCAGGCUAUUAUGUAUGUGUCCAUAACAUGCGCUUCUUGGAAGUGUCUUAAUAUAUGUGUCUGGUACAGCCGUGCAUUAUAUUCAUGGAUGAAAUUGAUGCCAUUGGUGGGCGCCGCUUUAGUGAGGGCACAAGUGCUGAUCGUGAGAUUCAAAGAACAUUAAUGGAGCUGCUUAAUCAGCUGGAUGGAUUUGAUCAGCUGGGGAAGGUACCAAACUACUCUCGGAAUCUACGAUAAAUUGAUUUGCCUGCUCUGAUAUUUAGCGUGAAACAUGCUAUUAUGAGCCCAAUAAUAGACCAGAAACAAGGGAAAGCUCUCAUCAUUGAUGGCGUCUAAUCUUCUGCCCUUGUCAAUGUACCUCAUUCGUUUUUUCCCAAAAUCCUGCUUUGUUCAUCAGGAGAAUGUCGGUUUUCUAUCAUAGCGCAAUGGCUGCCACAUUAAGCCCUUACAUUACCUCUGAGGGCACAAGGGUCUCAAUCACAUAAAUUAUAUGACGCGCAAGGUCCAGGAUUAUCUGAUUGAUGAGGGGAUUCAUCUACUUAUUGAUGAUCCAGUGGCACUUGAGCAUUAUUAUGCUGUAGAACUCAAUUACCUGGCUUUAUUCUUUAUUUGCAGUUUAUAAUUGAAAUCUAGAACUGGAUCCUUCGAUUGAAGCGUGGUUCUCCAUCAGGGCUUGUACUCUUCUUGAAAUCGGUCCACUUGAGCCGCACUUUCCUUCCUCAGUAUUGACGCCUUGCAUAAAUUUCCCCAGGUUAAAAUGAUUAUGGCCACAAAUAGGCCGGACGUCCUUGAUCCAGCCCUCCUUCGUCCUGGGCGACUGGAUAGGAAGAUUGAGAUCCCACUGCCCAACGAACAAUCAAGAAUGGAAAUCCUUAAGAUUCAUGCUGCCGGAAUUGCGAAACAUGGGGAGAUAGACUAUGAGGCGGUGGUCAAGCUUGCAGAGGUGACCUGAUCCCCCACCCUUCUCUCUCUCUCUCUCUCUCUCACUCACUCACUCUCUCUCUGGCCUGAUUCUUUCCCUCUCUCCUCAGGGUUUCAAUGGAGCCGACCUUCGUAAUAUCUGUACUGAGGCUGGGAUGGCUGCAAUACGAGCAGAGCGUGACUACGUGAUCCAUGAGGACUUCAUGAAGGUAUUCCCUGAUUUAUGCCACAAACCACUAUAAAAUCUAAAUUUUAUUUGCUUAUUCAUCUUUCCAAAUGGAUUCUGCAAGAUUAGCGAUUCAUAUUUUCAAGAAAUAAUGAAUAAGGAUAUGAACCAAGACCAGAAACGUAAUAAUGGAGAAACACAAGGCCUAAUUAGCUUUUUAGUUCAUGUGGAUAAUUUUAUGUGGCGAUGAUUAAUCGGAAAUCGACAAUAAGAGAUCCGCAGACUGAACCCAUGUCUGAAAUUCUGAAGUCGGAUGGAUGAAGAUACUUCCCGAAAUGCUGUUCUGCUCAUGUGGAUUCUGUUCUAUUCCAGGCAGUGAGGAAGUUGAACGAGGCGAAGAAGCUGGAGUCGAGCGCCCACUACAACGCUGACUUUGGGAAGGACUAA